CUCUUCUGUCUCAUUGCUGUCGCAAGGGCAUAUUCAGUCUUUGAAACCACAUGUUCUAAGCCUCCUAUCGGCGUAAAUUAUGUAUCUUCUCCCAAUUUUCGGGGCACGCUGGACAUUCUUUGGAGCUCGCUGUUCACAAUAUUCGCUUGUACUUGGACCCUUCAGCAUCCAAAUGUUCCAGAGCAACGUCAUGGCUACAGACAUGAUUGCAAUGACAUUACACAAGAAUCUGGAUGGAAAGGGAACAUCAGAUGGAAAUUUAAACACUUCCUCAGGGCUACUAAUGCGUUUAUACUGACAAUUCUUGCACCUGAAAUAAUAAUUGGCGUGGCUUAUAACGUACGUCUCCAAGCUCGCGAAGACCACCCGAUAUUACUGCGGCUUGCAGACCAAGAUCACAUCAGAUGGUCUCUAACCCAUACCUACUAUUCAAACAUGGGAGGGUUUGUUUUAGUGAAGGAAGAAAGCAGAGAAAAUGUGAACGGGUACAAUCUGCAUCACCUCUCCGGAAGGGCGCUCAUCAAACUCCGAGAAGCGAACCAAAUCGCCAGAUUACCCGAUAUCACGGAAGAAGAACUCAACGAUAAAGCUAAAGACGACCCCUUCAUUAGGACAAUUUCAGUUGCCCAAAUCAUAUGGUCUACAAUAAAAAUCCUUGUUCGUGCUGUAAAGAAACUCUCCAUCUGCCCGCUUGAGCUCGCCGUUUUGGCCUUUGCAGCCUGUGCAAUCAUUAUAUACGGCUUAUACUGGGAUAAACCAAAGUCUAUUGGCGUAUCAACUACGAUUUCUCUGCAAAAUCAAGACUACCAUACAUGGGUAGCAAAUGAACUUGAAGAAGACGACGAUUCUAUUAUAAAUCUGGUACUUCCUAUGGGCAAAACUCCAUUUGGUGCACCACUGCACGCCGCUGACGGCCGGGCCUCGAGCGACAGCAAGAAAUUUGCAAUCCCAACUGCAGCAGCAAUGCUGGCAGCAAUGAUUUUGUUUGGCGCAAUACACAUUGGAGCAUGGAAUUUCACUUUUCCUUCUACAUUCGAGCUAUAUCUUUGGAGAUGUGCAAGU